AUGACCAGUCACUUCAACUUUUCCAUCAAAAUGCUUUUUAAAGGAAAAAAUCAACCAAAUGAAGGUUACUUAAAGCUUUCUAAAGAUGUGAUAAAGUAUGCUGGAGGUCUUCCUUUAUCUCUCAAAGUGUUAGGUUCAUUUCUUUGCGGAAGAACUAUAGUGGAAUGGAAGGAUGCACUUGCCAAGUUCAAGAAGGUUCCUCCAAAGGACAUAUUGAAAAUACUUAAAGUGAGUUUUGAUGGAUUAGAUGAUAAGGAGAAGACUAUAUUCUUGGAUGUUGCUUGCUUUUUCAAUGGGAUGGCCAAAGAUUAUGUCAUACAAAUUUUAGAAACAUUUGAUGAAGAUCUUCACCCAAAAUUUGGAAUAAAAGUUCUUACUGAGAAAUCACUGCUAGUAAUCAAUCAUGAAGGGCGUCUGUGGGUGCAUGAUAUUCUUCAAGAUAUGGGUAAAUAUAUUGUCCUUCAAGAAUCACCUAAUGAUGCCAGUAAGCGUUCUAGGAUAUUGUCUUUGAAGGAUGCCAAUGAUAUCCUAAAAAGAAAUAAGGGUACGAGAGCAAUUCGAGGUAUAGCUCUAACACUAGAAAAAUCAUCUGAUGCACUUUGGGAUCCUGAAGCCUUCGUACAAAUGCGUAAUCUCAAGUUACUUAUCAUUUCAAGUUGCUCAUCACAUGUUUCUCCUUGCCAAUUGAAUCUUCCUGGUGGACUUAAAUCUCUUUCCAAUGAGUUGAGAGUUUUUGAAUGGGAGGGGUAUCCUUUAGAUUCUCUGCCUAGACAUACUCAACUUGAUAAACUUGUUCACCUAAAAAUGCAACAUAGCAAAGUAAAAGAACUUUGCAGUGGGGCACAGUCUCUACAAAGGCUGAUGUCCAUUGAUUUAUCUCAUUCCAAAUACCUCAUCAAAACCUCAGAUUUUGAUGGAAUUCCUAAUCUUGAACGAUUGAUCCUCAAAGGGUGUUCUAACCUUGUUGAAAUUCACCAGUCUCUUGGGCAACACAAGAAUCUUGUCAUUGUUAAUUUAAAAGGUUGCACAAAAGUUAAAACCCUUCCAAAAAAAUUUGAGAUGGAUAGCUUACAGGCUUUUGUUCUAUCCGAUUGUUCAAAAAUUAGAAAACUUCCUGAGUUUGGAAAGGAUAUGAAAUGUCUCUCUAAGCUUGAUUUAAAGGACACCGCUAUAUCCAAACUACCUGAAUCACUAGGCAAUUUGAUUGGUCUUGUUGAAUUAAAUUUGAAGAUUAUCACAAUUUCUGGCUGGCCAAAGAUUUCAAGGAUGCCAAAAGAUUUGAAUGAAAACGGGACUUUGGAAGUGCUUAAUUAUGUGGGUCGUCGACUUUCUAAAGAGGCACAAUCAAUUUGUGAGUACAAUGGUCAACCUGACUUCUUCAUGCAACCCAUUCGCCAAUUAAUAAUUCCUGGCAGUGAAGUGCCAUCAUGGUUUCAUAAUCAAGACUACUUUUGUGAGAAAGAAUUCAAUGAUCCAAAUGUGUCAUUCAUAAUUUCCGAAUGA